AUGGGUGAACUGGAGACUGAGAGAGACGCACUGGAGCACUUCGUCGCUUCAGGCAGAGCCGGCAGGCGUAAUGCCCUCCCAGAAAUCGAGGUGAGCCAUGGAUAUUCAUCGCUAUUCUUCCUAUCAUAUUCUUUCAGAUUUCUUGACUUGCUAUGCUAUAUGUCCCAGAUUCUAAUGCUUCAAUGAUU